GGAGUUUAAUAGGAAAAUACUUUCUGGAAAGAAUGGCUGCUCACACAAAUACUCAAUACAGCAGAGAGCAAAGAUGGUCUCUCCAUGGAAUGACUGCUCUUGUUACUGGUGGAACCAAAGGAAUAGGGUAUGCUAUCGUGGAAGAAUUGGCAGGACUUGGGGCAACUGUGUAUACAUGCUCCAGAAAUGAAGUCCAACUUAAUGAGUGCUUGCAUGAGUGGGAGAAGAAGGGAUUUCAAGUCUCUGGUUCUGUUUGCGAUGUAGCCUCUGAAACAGAUCGAAACGAGCUAGCAAACAAAGUUUCUUCUUUCUUCGAUGGAAAACUUAACAUCCUAAUAAACAAUGUAGGAACCAACAUAUGGAAACCGACUGUGGAAUACACAACUGGAGAUUUCUCAUUUCUGAUGAAAACAAAUCUUGAAUCUGCUUACCAUAUGUGCCAACUUGCUCAUCCUCUUCUGAAAGCUUCUGGGGCAGCAAACAUCGUCUUUAUCUCCUCUGUCGCAGGAGUGGUAUUACUAGACACUGGAUCCAUUUAUGCUGCUACCAAAGAUCUGCUAUGAAUCAAUUGGCAAGAAGUUUGGCAUGUGAAUGGGCAAAGUAUAACAUAAGAUGUAACAGUGUUGUGCCUUGAGUUACCAGAACCCCUCAAAUUGAACCUGUAAUAUUCCUCUCCUAGUCUUUCAAAAUGGAAUUCUGCAGUUACUAUAUGUGGUUUUUUUCUCCAAUAUUCUUGGUCUUCCAUUAUAGUAUCUCAAUGAUGAAAAACUAAUGGUGCCUGCCAUGUGUGUGACACCCAUUGGACGUAUUGCGGAACCAAGUGAAGUUUCUUCGUUGGUGGCAUUCCUGUACCUGCCAGCAGCUUCUUAUAUAAGUGGUCAGGCUAUAUGUGUUGAUGGAGCAUUUACAGUGAAUGGUUUGCUCCUUAACCCAGUUGCACAAGCAAGGCUCAAAAGUACACUGAUUGCAUACUCCAUCUCACUAUCAAUGUAUUUUAUUCUCUUUUUGGUUCAUGGUGGUAAUGUAUUUUAUAGUAAAUGGGGCUUGGAGGGGAAUGACCGCAAAUAAUAAGAUGGAGGAAUAAAUUCUUCUUAGCAAUA